AUGGGACGAGGCUUUAUCAGAAAAAAAAUGGAAGGAGGAGCGAUGUCCUCAAAUACAGAUGAUUUCAGCAAUUUUGGCCCAUUCCAUCUUACAUCUAUUGAUUGGACCAAUUCGUACUACCGAACGUCAGUGGCAUCAAGCUUGGUAAAUGGAGUGUACACAUUGGAAGGGGACAGACGAGAGAAACGGGUAGGCUCCGAAUCACUAGCCAAUCCUUGGUGGGAGUUUUUCAACUUCACUCUGAUGGAAACCUUGAUCGAUGACGACGGUGCCAUAUACGGUGCGGUUUUCGAGUACAAUCUCUACAGCCUUUACCAAAAUACACCAAAUGUGAAAGUUCCACAUCAUGUGAUUGCCUUCCGCGGCACGGUUCUGAAAGGGAAAACUUGGAAGUCUGAUAUGAAACUUAACCUCAAAAUCAUGUUCAACAGCCUUCAUCAUGGUGGUAGGCCUGUUCAUGCCAUGCGAACGAUCCGUAGUAUGGUGGAGAAACACAGUGAAUCAGCUAUAUGGCUUGCUGGACACUCUUUGGGAGCUGCCCUAGUUUUGCUUGCAGGAAAGAGCAUGACAAGUGUUGGAUUCCUCCUCGAAAGUUACAUAUUCAACCCACCCAUCUCCACUAUUCCUCUAGAGCAGCUUCCUGGGGGAGAUAAGAUUAGAGGCGCGUUUCAAAUCGCCAAGAGUGUUGUCAAAGCUACUGUAGCCGUGGCCUUAGCCGAUCACAAGUUUCAAGAAGACAAUACAAAGACAGCAUCAUGGAUACCUUAUCUAUAUGUGAACCCAAAAGAUCCAAUAUGUGCAGGAUAUAUUAAUUACUUCAAACACAAAACCUUCAUGUCUAAGAUCGGUGCAAGCAAAAUCGAGAGAACCGGUGCUAGAAAAUCAGUUAGAUGUCUAUUGGUCAGAGGAAAAGGAAAAACAUCACAUUCGGAUUUGUCAACGGAACCUCUUCACCUUCUUCCAUCAGCAGAUAUGACUGUAAACUAUAACAAACCGACUAAGUCUACGACAGCUCAUGAACUUCACCAAUGGUGGGAGCGUGACUCGGCCAUGAGGGAAAACUGGGAAAGCUGUUGCAUUAGGCCUUACCAUAAAGGCAAAUUAGGACAGUUGAAGCAAUUGACACUAGAAAAAUGA